AUGUCCAGCAAUGCAGACCCUACAACCGUAAAGAGCACAGGCUUUAAACCGUGGAAUUCAGUCAAAGCCAACGUCAACAUCCCGGAACCUUCACGUAUUGUCAGCGACAUUGUCGGAAGCGCAGCAGUCAAAGCUUCAGCGGCUGGUAUCCUGUCGAGCAACCCUCGAAUUCAAGCAGCUCAGUCUGAAUGGGAACGUAGACAGGCACAAUACUUCUCACAGUCACCUGCAUCGUCUCAAGUGAUGUCUCGAAAGAGAAACACACCCCCAGACUUUUCACAUUCAGACUUUUCAUCCGUUCUCCCCAGAAGGACUCCCACUGAUUACGCCCGUAUCCGCGAAGCUCGUCGCUUUACGGAAGCCGAGGUCGCGAGACAGCUGGCAGAUAUCAACGGGGCGGCUAUCAAGAAGAGCGCCAUGCAUCAUUCAUCUCAAUCUGCCGUGGUUGCUCUCACUGGGGCCGAGUUGCUCAAAAAGUACACUGGCCAAGGGACACCAUCGCCAACACCUGGACCAGCAAGAUCACCGGAUAUUCUUGCACCUGAGCCUCGAUUGGAGGCAAUUAUCAUGGCUGAACCUGGCCGAGCCUACUCUGUAUAUCCAAUCCCCGAAGGUGGUACUACCUCUGCUCGUGGGGCACUCAUUCCGGCAAACUACAAACUCCACGACGACCCUGCACUUCCAUACAUAUGUCCUGUGCGAGAUUGCCGCCGCGUGUUUGGCAAACUCAAUGGUCUUGGUGGACAUUUCGGUGCUGGCCAUUGCUCAACGACAUUCAAUGACAACGGAGAUGGCACUUUGACCAAGGUCGGUAACUAUCAGAAGGAUGGUCCUGGAGGUACACCUGGAAUCGUUGUUUCCAGAAACCCACUUCCUCCUGACGCACCACCUCCAGUCGACCCAGGGUUGUCGGUAUUCGCCUCAUUUCAGCAAAACCGAGUGUCUCGGGCUGCCGAACAGGAGAGAAAGACGACACGCUCACAGGAUUCUCCCUACCGGCCAGCUGUGCAAGAAUCGGAGGUUAAGCAAUAUCUCCACCAACACCUCAGUCCAGCCCAAAAGUCUCAUCAACGAGAGGACAUCAAUUUCAUGCUAACGUUGCCUCGCAGACGUGAGCUGCCUGAGGGUUGGAAGCAUACCCACCGGGGAAGCAAUCUGGACAUCACUCAUUAUUCCUGUGCAGUGGCAUACCUCGUAGGCACAGAUGUGGUUGGCAGCGAGCAGUGCACAGCUAAUACCACCCGACCAUCUGCAAGACUAUCGCAACCCUGCGUACGCCUCCCGAUCGGCAUGUCUGCGACAGCGAAGCAGGCAUUUUCUGCUCUAGAAUCUUGCGUGGGGUGUAAAUACUGGUGUCAUCUGCAGCGACGCUCAAACGGCUGUGACUGGUGUCCUGAGCCAAAACUUGGACGAGGGUCCGCUUCAUCUCGAUCUUCCUCGGAACUGAAUCCUCCGAUGGAUCUCGACGAUUCUGAAGGUGUCGACACCAUGACCGAAGUCCAGCCAAAGCGGAAAAAGAGACGCUCCUCUGGGAAUGACGUCGCCAUCAGAGACCAAACAGUCGCCAUGGGCAGACCUGAGAUAGGCGUUGAAUUGGAAAUGGAGGAUUGGGAGGUUGCUCCAGGAAGGAUAAAGGAUGAAUCUUCAGACAACGUCGCCUAUUCCAACUCGUACCUCACCAGUGGUCAACCCGUCGCCGUUUCAGAGGACGUCAGCUUCAACGUUAUAGUCCUCAAACCCGGCAGCGCUAACCAUUGGGCUGUUGAAGACGACAAAUUGCGAACAUGCUCCGUCGCCUCAGGAAAGAUUCGGGUCACCAUGAACGAAAAGACGUUCAAUCUUGGCCCCAACGGCAUGUUUGUUGUUAGACCCGGCCAGGCGUGCAAGAUCGAGAAUCGACUCUACAUAGAUUCUGUGGUGCACUGCACUACUAUUGGAGAUUUUUCACUGCAGUAA